GGCGGCCUCCACGGCCCGCCUCCGCCUCUGCCCCUACCUCUGCCCGGUUCCCUCCUCCCGCUGCUCGCGUGCUCCUCGCCGGCCCCGCGCCCGCGCGCCUUGGCGGGGAGGAGCGCGGCUCGGGGGCGCGCCCCGGCGACUCCGCCCCUAGCUCCCCUCCCCUGAGCCCGGGCGCCCGGCUCGCGCGGCUCGGCGUGUGGAGAUUGGGGACCCGGCGCCCGCCCCAGCGCCCCCGCCCCGGCGUGUGAGGCGCCGCGCCCUCCUGCUGCCCUGCCCGGUGCAUGGAGGGGCCCGGUCGGAUCGUAGCCGCCGCCAGCGCGCUGGGGGAUGACCUGGGGGUGGCUUUCGGAGCCGGCUGCCGCGCAGGAGGUCUGGGGGCUUAGUCUGCCCCGCGGAGAGCACUGAAGUGAACUCCAGUGUAAGCAGAGGGAGUCUCUUCGCUGCUCUCCUCCGAAGCACAAGCAUAUACACGUUGCAGACUUGUGAGCUGAGGCCUGGGUUUUGCUCCAGAAGUCUGCCCUGCUACUUCUGUAGUCUGGCGCUAUGCAUCCAGAUCUUGGGCCCUUAUGGACACUGCUGUAUGUUCCUCUCAUGCUUCCGAGCUCUUCUGCAAGUUCAGACUUGACACCUUCCUUCAUUUCUGAGCCUGUCUCUGCUGUCCAGAAACUUGGUGGACCUGUGGUGCUUCAUUGUUCUGCUAAACCUCUGACCACUCACAUCUCAUGGCUGCAUAACGGAAGAAGAUUGGAUAGGAACAUGGAACAGAUUAAGGUGCACGAGGGGACUUUGACGAUUCUUUCUCUGAACCCCUCCCUUUCGGGUUCCUACCAGUGCGUUGCCAACAAUAGCAUCGGUGCCAUUGUGAGUGGCCCUGCGACAGUCUCUACUGCAGUUCUUGGUGAUUUUGGUUCAUCAGCGAAGCCUGUUAUUACAGCCGAAGAAAAAAGCACUGGUUUUAUUGGCUGCGAAGUACCGGAGAGUAUCCCCAAAGCUGAAGUGCGCUACAAAAUCCGGGGCAAGUGGCUGAGACAUUCCACAGAGAAUUACUUCAUCCUUCCCUCAGGAAAUCUCCAGAUUCUGAACGUAUCCAGAGAGGACAAAGGAUCAUAUAAGUGUGCAGUUUACAACCCUGUCACCCAGGAAUUAAAGGUCGAACCCGUUGGCCAAAAGCUCCUUGUGAGUCGCUCUUCCCCAGAGGAUUUGCGCAUUCUUCACCCAGCCGUCUCCAAGGCGAUGACCGUUCCCUCCCGCAGCGCUGUAACCCUGGAGUGUGUGGUGAGCGGGGUCCCGGCCUCGAGAGUGCACUGGCUGAAGGAUGGGCAGGAGGCCGUGCUAGGCAGGAGCUGGAGGAGGUGGCACUCUCACCUUGCCACGGACAGCAUCGGCCUGGCCGACGCGGGCAACUACACCUGCGUGGUGGGGCGCUCCUCGGGGGACGUGAAGCACGUGACCUACAGGGUUACUGUACUGGAACAUGCCUCAAUUUCUACAGGACUGCAAGACCUGACGGUGUCUCUAGGUGCCACAGCUCAUUUUACCUGCAAUGUGCACGGGAAUCCAACCCCCAAACGCACCUGGUUUCAUAAUGCACAGCCCAUUCACCCAUCCCCACGACACCUAACUAUAGGGAAUCAGUUAACAAUCAGUGGGGUUACCUUGGAAGAUACCGGACUCUAUCAGUGUGUGGCGGAUAAUGGGAUUGGAUUUAUGCAAUCAACUGGAAGACUUGAAAUUAAAAACGACAGUGGAUUCAAACCAGUUAUAAUGACAGCGCCAGCAAGUGCAGAAGUGGUAGAUGGAGACUUUGUGACUUUGUCCUGCAAUGCCACUGGAAUGCCAGUUCCGGUCAUUCGCUGGUAUGACAGCCAUGGGUUGAUCACCAACCAUCCAUCUCAAGUCCUUAGGUCUAAAUCCCGAAAAGCACACUUAGGAAGGCCCCGGGGCUUUGACUUGGAGCCUGUCUACUUCAUCAUGUCUCGGGCUGGCUCAAGCUCUCUCUAUAUUCAGGCUGCUACCCGGGAGCAUGCUGGGAAAUUUAUCUGUGAAGCUACAAAUGAACAUGGUACCACACGGUCAGAAGCAUUUCUAACAGUUGUUCCUUUUGAAACAAAUACAAAAGCAGAAACAGUCACACCUUCUGAUGCUACUCAGAAUGAUGAAAGAGAUGGCUCAGAAAGUGGAUUAUUGGGCUCACUUCCAGAGAAAGAGCAUCCCGGUGCGGUAGAGUCAUCAUCUGAGAAAAAUGCGAGUGGUGCCUCUGUGCCUGACGCCCCCAUUAUCCUGAGCCCUCCGCAGACUCAUACCCCAGACACAUACAACCUGGUGUGGAGAGCAGGGAAGGAUGGCGGCCUGCCCAUCAACGCCUAUUUUGUGAAGUAUCGAAAGCUGGACGAUGGUGCUGGUGUAGUGGGAAGCUGGCACACGGUUCGAGUCCCAGGAAGUGAAAAUGAGCUCCAUUUAACUGAACUGGAGCCGUCUAGUCUUUACGAGGUUCUCAUGGUAGCAAGAAGUGCAGCCGGCGAAGGGCAGCCUGCUAUGCUUACCUUCCGAACCAGCAAAGAGAAAACAGCGUCAUCCAAAAACGCCCAGGCGUCCUCCCCUCCCGUGGGCAUCCCUAAGGUUCCUGUUGACGCAGAAGCUGCGCACAGCAGUUUCGGAGUGGUUCUGACUGAUUCCUCCAGGCAUAGUGGAGUUCCGGAAGCACCUGACCGGCCUACUAUUUCCACUGCGUCAGAGACGUCCGUCUAUGUCACCUGGAUUCCGCGGGCAAAUGGGGGCUCGCCAAUCACUGCCUUCAAGGUGGAGUACAAGCGGAUGAGGACCAGUGACUGGCUGGUGGCAGCUGAAGAUAUCCCACCCUCCAAACUCUCUGUGGAAGUUCGUAGCUUAGAGCCAGGUUCAACAUACAAAUUUAGGGUCAUUGCCAUCAACCAUUAUGGGGAGAGUUUCCGGAGUUCGGCAUCUCGUCCUUAUCAGGUGGCUGGGUUCCCCAAUCGGUUUUCCAACCGCCCAAUAACUGGACCUCACAUCGCAUACACAGAGGCGGUCAGCGACACUCAGAUCAUGCUGAAGUGGACGUACAUUCCAUCAAGUAACAAUAACACUCCCAUCCAAGGAUUUUACAUUUAUUACCGACCAACAGAUAGUGACAAUGAUAGUGAUUACAAGAGGGAUGUGGUCGAAGGUUCCAAGCAAUGGCACAUGAUUGGUCACCUGCAGCCAGAAACCUCCUAUGACAUUAAAAUGCAGUGUUUCAAUGAAGGAGGAGAAAGUGAAUUUAGCAAUGUGAUGAUCUGCGAGACUAAAGUGAAACGGGUUCCUGGAGCAUCUGAGUAUCCCAUCAAAGACUUGAGUACCCCUCCCAGCUCUUCAGGUGGUGGAGGAAACCUUGGGCCUGCAACCAGCCCUGCCAGGAGCAGUGACAUGUUGUAUCUGGUCGUUGGUUGCGUGCUGGGCGUCAUGGUUCUCAUUCUCAUGGUGUUCAUUGCAAUGUGCCUAUGGAAGAAUCAUCAGCAGAAUACCAUACAGAAAUAUGACCCUCCAAGAUACCUCUGCCAGGGGUCAGAUAUUCACGGGCAGAUGAUGGAUUACGCCACUCUCUCGGGAGCGAACCCCAUCAAUGGCAGCGUUCGCCGAGGCUUCCUGAGCAAUGGCGGUCUCACCAACGGCUGCUCCCAUCUUCACCAUAAGGCCCCUAAUGGCGUCAGUGGGAUGGUGAAUGGGAACCUCAACGGAGGGCUUUAUUCCGCCCAUACGAACUCUCUAACCAGGACACGUGUGGAUUUUGAACAUUCUCAUCAUCUAGUGAAUGGUGGUGGAUUGUACACAGCUGUGCCUCAGAUUGAUCCCAUGGAAUGCAUUAAUUGUCGAAAUUGUCGAAACAACAAUAGGUGUUUCACCAAAACCAACAGCACUUUCAACAGCAGCUCCCUUCCCGUGGUCCCCGUGGCAGCACCUUACCCCCAGGAUGGGUUGGAGAUGAAGCCCCUCAAUCACAUGAAGAUGUCUGUGUGCCUGGCUGCCACCCUCCCUGACUGCGGCCAGUUACCUGAGGGAAGCAGCAAGGACAGCGUGGCACCGACGCCUGCUCUGCACACCUGCUGUCAGGACAACACACGUGACAUCAACUCGGAUUGCACAGAAGAUACAGCAGAGUUCACUAGAGGAGACAGCUGUGUCCAUUCAGAAACAGAGAACAAAAUUCUAAGUUGGAAUCCUCUUGCUCUGCCGCCUGUCUCAGAGGACAGCACGGAAAACACAGCAUGGCCCUGCCCUGGCAUCCCUCUGGCCAGCGCGUCCGGAGUCCUUCCGCAACCCCAGGGAACCUACGGCUGUGCGGACGGCUAGUAACGCUCCUGCUUCCGGACAGUGACUGCACACACCAGGCCUGGGGAUGAGCUGCAGGAAGGGCGUGAAUUCCAAUCAGAGAAAAUCGUUAUUUAUUUUUUCUUUGUAGUAGUAAUGUCAUAUGAAUGUAUCUUAAAAUGUGUGCCCUUUUAUAUUAUUUAUGCCUUCAAACUUUCCUUGCCCGUCCCCUCCUCCCCCUUGUUUGCGUAGUUCUCAGCCAUCCGGAGAGCAUUCCACGUUUUCCAGCAGCCUCAGUGACCACGGGAGCUCCUCCGGGUUGGGAUGCGGGCUGCCGGCUGGUCCUGUGAGGGCAGGGUUGCACAGGCUGUGGAGUCAGGUUUGCAGAUGGACAGCUGCCUGUCAGUAUUGUGAGAGCAGAUUUUGAAAUCCACCACAGUUGUGACCUCAUGUUUAUCGUAGCAGGUCUGGCUGAUGAGUUUUCUAAAAGUGCCUUUCACUAGUGACCACCUGGCCUGUUGACUUUCUGUGUGCUCACGGGCACAGGUAGUGAUGAGCCUUCUAGGCAGUGGUCGUACGCAGUGUUGUGCGUGGUCUCCCUGGAGCGUUGCAGUAUGCAGAAAGGGAACCAGGGCCAGAAAGAAAAAUAACGCCCUAAUAACCCACUGCUUUAAAAUUAAAUUUACAAAAUGGUCCUCAUGGGACUCUUUUUGAUUGUUUCUAGAAGUAGGAACAAAGUAAGACUGUACAGCAGUGGCCGGAAGAAAGGGAAGGGCUCCAGGGACCCACCUGGCGGAAGCUCCGCCAUCAGCCUGGAGCGGCUCACAGCGUCACACACCUGAGAACAGUCAUUUUCUCACUUCCAGUGUGGGCAAGACAGCCCAGAAGAUGAGUGUCAGAAAAGACUUAGAAAAGACUUUUUUUUUUUCAUUUCCUGCAGCUUUUUUUUUUUUUUUUUAAGAAUAUAAUCAUUAUAAACAGGCACCUAAAGCUGUGAUCAGCAAACUCAGUACAUCACAGUUACCACUGCUCUGAGUGACAGGACGUUGCAGCCGCCUUUGGAAGGCUUUUCUUCUCCACACUAAAAACCACCGCAAAACGCUCCAAGUGUGUUCCAAAGCUCCAGUCAAGCUUUAGCGGCACACUGUGCCUUUUUGGAUCGUGCAUCCAUUGGGGAAAGAAAGAAAAAAUUAUUCUCUUGAUGUAGAACAAGCAGUUCCAGCCUCAGUGUAACAAUUUUACAGUUUCCCAGAAAGUUGCAGUGGAAUAGAAUACUAUGUUAAUCAGCUUUCUAUCUGAAUACAUCAGUAUUCCCUUACGUAUGUCUGUAUGUUUUAUAAAUAGAACUCUGAGUGAAGACGUGCUGUUUAAGCUGGGUCACUCUGCAAGAGCUGUUUCCCAGAAGACUGUAGUGAAUGUCAUUUCCUAGUCGGGAAUUAGGGACGCUACCGAAGCAGGUUCUACAUUCCAGGUGGCCGUGCCUAUAGUGUCCUACGUGUGCUCUUCAUGUCCUUUACAUGCAGUUAGCUGUGGAGGGAGAGAGCUGCAUCCCGUGGUUCUGUGACUAUCAAAGGACAAACUCCCAGUAGUACACAGAUCAUGAAACAUAGCCUGUGUUUGCCAUUCGAGUUACAGCAGUGCUGUCGUCAAGGGAGUUUUAGAAAUCUGGGAAGUGUCUGUAGGCAGUCAUUUUGAUUCAGGAAACAGGUGAAUUAGCAUGAGCCUUAGGUCAUAAACUGCUCUUAAAGAUUUGAGUUUGAUCCUGGGACUUGUCCACAAGGAAUAGAAAAUGACUUUACCUUUAGGGCAAUCUCAUUGUGGACUGCUUUAUUUAUAUUAUUAGUAACGCUGUUUUAAGUGUUAUCCCUUUUAUUGUAUUUUAUUUAUAAAAAUGCCUUUAUAUAUUGAGAUAUAUAAAUAUAAAUAUUAUAUAUAUAAAAUUGUGUUUAUGUUUAGGAGUUACGAGUUCUCCCUUAGUGUGAGUUGCUCUGAACUUUUAUACCCUGCACAGUCACUAGAAACAGUCCUACCUAAUGUCACUUCUUGAGGAAAUGAGAGGUCAGAGUACAGCGUGGGAGAAAGCACUAACAUGGGCUGAGUGGCUGCUAUGUACCAGGCACUGCGCUUGGGGCCAGUUGCUGUUAUCUCAUUUAACCCCGACAACACAUCUUAGGCCUUAAAAUCCCCAAGUCUCAUAGUGAGCCACUGAGCCUGAACUUGAGCCCAGUUUAUCUGGAGCCAUAAUCUGUGCUCCUCCUGUUUUUCCAUAGUGCUUUCCAGAAAGCACUGUGGUUCACAUCCCCUUGCUGUUGUCUGCUCCUGCUGCGUUAUCCCCUGAGGCCCUAACUACAGCCAGAGCAGCUGCUCCCUGUCCUGCAUGGGCAGGGUGCCCUGGGCUUCCGGAAGUCCAUGAUUCUCCCCAUCCCACCCCCUCACCCCAACCCCUGCCCAGGAAUUGGAUCUUCAUUCAACUCAGCAUGAAACCGGUCCGGCUUCUUCGUGUUCCUUUUCACCCUAGAACUCUGUGAUUUUGUUAAACAUCAGACUUACCCCACUCUGCUCACACCAGUUCACUCUUCCUUGUCUCCUUUCAGUUAUGCACUGGUAAGUCUGAUAGGUGCUGUACAGGGUACAAGUUGCAUUGCAAUGUCCUAUACCUUUUAAAGUGGUCUUUGCAAAAAGCUUAUCUUGCUCGUUUUUGUCAAAUGUGUCCAUGAAGACCAAUGUGUCCGUCCUGGGCCCAGCGUAACACAGAUCUCAUUCCAGCUAACAGCACUGCCAAGAAGCUAAGUUUAGGAUUGGAUUUUACCUGUGUUGCUGUCUUUUAAAGCAGUGACUUUGAAUUGCAUGUUUUGUAUCGUCGUGAAAAGUAUGUUUAAUUUUCCUUAAAGCUGUAAUAUUAUGUUUGAAACUGUACAUAUUUUAAAUGAUGUAGCUUUGACAGGUUUUACUUGGUUGAUACAAUUUUAUAUUAAAAGAGAGAAUGCUGCUUUCAUGUAGAGUAGCCCUGUAAGAUGGGAUCGUCAGAUACUCCCUGUUUGUACAAAACCUGCUGAGUUUGUGAUUGGGUGGGGGUGGGGGGUGUCUUACUUUGAAACUCUUCCGACCCUCCACCCCUGUUGUGAAGGUCUCCAGUGUACACCCAAGAGCCCAGGGGUUAAGCCUUGCUGUUCUGACUGCAGAGAUAAAGCUAUGAAGGAGCAGGACCUUGGGCAAGCAUUUGAUAGGGAGGCUGGGAAGGUAUCUCCAUAUGGGUCCCCAUGGGGAGCUUAGCAUUUCUUUGGAAGGAAGAGAGGAGUGGAGUUGAGAGAAGCAGGAGAAGGAGGCUGGGUAUUUUCUCAGAAUUCCUCUAUUUUUACCGCUAGUCUACGAUAACAUCUCUGAAUUCCAGGGGAGAAAUCCAACCUUCUUAAAAGAAGCAGCUUUGUUUGUCCUCAAAAAGCACAAAUAACACACCGAAGCCUCCAGGUUUCUCUUACCAGGCGGCCAACAGCCAGCCUCUUGGAUUCGAUUGCCCGUAUCUUACUAAAACUUUGCCUGAAACCUUGGCCACAGUCCUGAGGGCCUGGAGGGACGCUAAGUCCCGUUUUCUAAUAAAGUCUGAAUCUGUGAGAACCUAA